AAAUCCCCAAUUUCCUCCCAAAAUUCCCAAUUUCCCGCCAAAUUCGCGGCCGGGCUUUUCCCGCCCAGCGGAGGCCCCGCCCCUCCCGCCGGUGGCUCCGCCCAUUUCGUUCUCUGGCCACGCCCCUCUUCCCGCCCGCUGACGAUCACGUGGCGCGGUCACGUGACGCCCAACAUGGCGGCGCCCAUGGCGGCGGCGGCGAGCGGCGGCUCCGUGACGCGGCGGCUCCUCCGGGGCUUCUCCCGCAGCCUCAGCGGCGGCGGCGCCGCGGCCGAGCAGCCCGAGGCUGCCGUCGUUAACGUCGUGUUCGUGGACCGGAAGGGGCGGGAGGUGCCGGUCAGCGGCAGAGUCGGUGACAACGUGCUGCACCUGGCGCAGCGGCACGGGCUGGAGCUGGAGGGCGCCUGCGAGGCGUCCCUGGCCUGCUCCACCUGCCACGUUUACAUCAGCGAGCCGCACCUGAGCCGGCUCCCGGCGCCCGACGAGCGGGAGGAGGACCUGCUGGACCAGGCGCCGCUGCUGCGGGAGAACUCGCGGCUCGGCUGCCAGCUGCGCCUCGGGCCCGCCAUGGAGGGGGCGCGGAUCGGCCUGCCCCGCCUCAGCCGCAACUUCUACGUGGACGGGCACACCCCGAAACCGCAUUGACCCCC